GGUGCGGGACGAGAAGCAGCGGGACCUUCCCCGGGCGGCCCGACGCCAUGGAGCUCCUGUCGUGCACCGUGCUCCUGGCGCUCGGCUGCGCGGCGCUGGGCUGGGCGCUGCGGCGCGGGCGCGGGCGCGGGCCCCCGUGCGUGCGGGGCUGGCUGCCCUGGGUGGGGGCCGGCACCCAGCUCGGGAGAGCGCCCCUCGACUUCAUCCAGAGAGCCAGAGCCCAGUGUGGUCCAGUGUUCACUGUCUUUGCUAUGGGAACCCGAAUGACUUUCGUAACUGAAGAAGAGGGAAUUAAUGUCUUUCUAAACUCCAAACAUGUGAACUUUGAGCUAGCAGUGCAAAAACCCGUCUAUCGUACAGCAUCAGUUCCAAAGAAUAUCUUUUUCACCCUGCAUGAAAAAUUGUAUAUUGUGAUGAAAGGGAAACUGGGCACAUUCAACAUACAUCAGUUUACUGGCAAGCUGAUGCAAGAAUUACAUGAGCAGCUGGAGAAGUUGGGCUCCCGUGGGACUAUGGACCUCAACAACUUAGUAAGGGAUCUUCUCUAUCCAGCCACAGUGAAUAUACUCUUUGAUAAAGGUUUGAUUCCCACAAACAAAGGAGAACUCCAGCAGUUCUACCGGCAUUUCGAGACGUAUGAUGAGGGCUUUGAGUAUGGAUCCCAGCUGCCAGAAUGGCUCCUGAGAAACUGGUCAAAAUCCAAAAAGUGGCUCCUUGCAACAAUAGAGAAAAAUAUCACACACAUGAAAGCAUGCAAGUCUGCAAAAGACAAUUCUAUGACAGUAAUGCAGGCUAUCCUGGAUGUUGUAGAAAUGGAAACAAGAGAACAAAGUCCUAACUAUGGGCUCCUGAUGCUUUGGGCCUCUCUCUCCAACGCUGUUACCACGGCGUUUUGGACCCUGGCGUUUGUCUUGUCUCAUCCUGACGUCCACAGGGCCCUCAGAGAAGACAUAGCAUCUGUGUUCGGCUCGGCAGGUAAAGAUAAAAUGAAGGUCACAGAGGAUGAAUUAAAGAAACUCCCUCUCAUUAAGUGGUGUGUCUUGGAAGCCAUUCGUUUAAGAGCCCCCGGUGUCAUUGCUAGAAAAGUAGUGAAGCCGGUUAAAAUUAUGAAUUUCACCAUCCCUGCCGGGGACCUCUUGGUGGUGUCUCCGUUCUGGCUGCAUAGAAAUCCAAAGCAUUUCCCCGAACCUGAGUUGUUCAAACCCGAACGUUGGAAGAUGGCAAAUUUAGAGAAGCAUGCUUUCUUGGACGGGUUCAUUGCAUUUGGAGGCGGGAAGUUCCAGUGUCCUGGCAGGUGGUUUGCUCUGUUACAGAUUGAAAUAUGCAUUAUUUUAAUGCUAUAUAAAUAUGACUGUUGUCUCCUGGAUCCAUUACCCAAACAGAGUGAUCUCCAUUUGGUAGGUGUCCCCAAGCCAGAAGGGCAGUGUCGAAUUGAGUAUAAGGAAAGGGCAUGACCUCUCGGGGCUCCGGGAGAUCCGGGCCUCUGGAGGGGCACUGUCACCCCGAGCCCACACAGCCGGGGGGAGCCACGCGUCCUACGGCUUCAAGACCAAGAAUCCGUCGUGAGGCCGGACUGGAGGCGGGAGAGAAUGCUGAAAGGACAGAAACGGAAGUUACUUGCACGGAGUUCUUAGUUCACACACAUCCACUGUGAAGCCAACAUAUUCAAAUCCUGCUUUGAAAAGAGCGAAACAGCUCAGAUGCUAACCAUGAAACGAUGCUUUCUGCAAGGGUUUCCUACUUUCUCAAUGUGAUUCUUCCACUCCGGGUUGGGGUUUUGGGGCUCUGUGAAUAGUCUGCUUUGUUGCAAUCAUGUCUGAUGUUAAGAGCUUCAAUAAAAUGAUUUGCUGAGACACCAUG